AUUUAUGAAUGCACAGACUCAGCCGGAAUGGAAUGGAGUGGAAUGGCAGUCGAAUUCAGUCGCUAGCAGGUAAUCCACUAGAGCGCGUUCGGGCUACGGACAAGUGUUACCAACGAAAGACACGACACGAUACAGACCCGCAGCAGUACAUAGACGAGACGGUUGUAGUUCGCACAGAAUCGGCAUUGAAUAAUAAUCCCACACCCAACGGAGGCAACGAGGCCCAGAGCGCGGCUAGAGCUAAAGCGUCGGAGCGCGACCCGAAACAAAAUACACACACACACACACAGGAAAACAAAAAAUCUCUUUUGUUGCAGUCGCAGUGUCCAGUCUACAGUCUUCAGUCUCUCUACGUUACCAAAAUGAACUCGGACCCGGGGCCAUUGUGGGCCAGCAGCAGCAGCAGCAGUCGCUGUCGCAAUCGUCGUUGCUGCUUAAUGGCGGCUCUCCUGCUGCUUAUCUGCAGCGGACAGGCUGCGGCCCAGUCCAAUUACGUGCAACAUGGCGAUAGCGGCAACUACACCACAAACGGUCUGCCCGAGGAGGCGACACUGGACGGCAAGGUAACCAAACUGGACGACAUCAGCCCAUUGAUAUUUUUGAAUCGCACCAAAGCAGCGCUCAAUUGUGCCGCUGGCUCCAUGCAGGUUGAUAUGAAGUUUAACGAUCCAUUCCAUGGCAUCAUUCAGGCUGACUAUGAUCGCAGCAGUGCGUGUCGCGUCAGUGGCAAGGGAGCGCUCAGCUAUCGCCUGGAGUUGCCCCUUAAGGGCUGUGGCACCAUACAGAAUCCCACACGUGUCUUCACCAACAACAUUAUUGUGCGCUUCCAUGCCAAUCUGGAGAUGGAUGGGGACGAGAUUAUUACAAUUGUGUGCCGCUAUCCGCCGCCAGUGCCCUCACUGCCACCCGCACUGCCAGCGCCCAUCCUGAAUCCCAUUGCCACCAGCUCUGUGCUGCAGCCGCCGCUGAAGAGCAUCCAGAUACUGAUGAUCAUCUGUGCCAUUAUGUUCCUGACACUCCUGCUGCUGGGCCUGGCCGUCUCCUACUAUUGCCUGCGCAGCCGACCCAUACCGGUGGUGCGACGCCUGCCCAUGAGCAUGGGCAGUGGCUCCGAGAUCACAAAGCUGAGCGGCAGCAGCGUGGGCAACAUAAGCGUCUUCGAGGGCGUCAAGAUACCCCGUGCCCAUGCCGCCCUGCAGGCCGUCUACUCCUCCUCGGGCAGCGAGGGUGCGCUCAUACCCUCCGACUAUCCCAGCGAGUCGCACUCGGAGAUUGAGGAGAUUGACACGCGAUCGCUGCCGUUCAGCUCGGCGGGCAGCUUCGAGAAUCGGGCCUUUGUCCAGGAGACAUCGAGCAUUUACAGCGAUCACUAUGCGCCCGCCCAGGAGGUGCCCGUGGCGAAUGCGGUGGUCACAACGGCGGCCCUCACCACACGGCAUGCGAUACCCCUGCUGCAGGAGGGCUCGCCCAAGUUCGAUGUGCAGGUGCGGGUGAAGAAGUCACCGCCGCCAGUGCCCUCGCCGGUGACCUCGGACACGGAGAGCGUGGCAACGCUGCGGCCCGAUCGCAACAAUCUAUCGACCAUUAUGGAGGCGUACGAGGAUCGGGAGAGCAUCAUGACCAUGGACUCGCUGCCGCCGCAGGUGGAGACAAUGCAGUCGCAGUUCACGUAUGUGCCCGAGCUGCAUCCAGCCCCACAGCUGCCGCUGUCGAUGCCACUGCCACUGCCGCCGCCGGCAGAACCGAAGUUCUCGGUGUACACGCGCACCCAUCACGAGGUGGUGGACGGACGGCCGGAGACCUGGUCCGACUACACCUACACCGAUGGCGGGGGCACACGCGCACCCAGCGAGAUAACCGACUUGUCCUCGGAGCCGCCAAACGACAGGACCGUGGACUCGAUGCACUACUACGAGGAUGAGUAUGUGCCCAUUGAGCCGCUGCCCCAUACCCAUGCACACCAUUCGAUGACAGUGGCCGCAGUGCCAGUGGCAGUGUCGCCCCAGCCCCAGCCCCUGCCCCUGCCCCUGCCGCAUGUCACCUCGCACACGGUGGACGAUGUCUAUCUGCGCACCGUCACCGAGAAGAAGACCAUCGAGGACAUUGAGAGCCACAAGCGCAGGGUGACCGAGUACAAGAGCAAGCCGAAGGCACCGCUGCCACCGGUGCCGCCGCCAGCGCCGCCCGUCGAUCCCAAAUUCGAUGUGAAGGUGCGCAACUAUCCCAGCGAGCGGGAACAGCAGCUGUGGGAGAACUUCUCGGAUAUAUCCAGCGCCUCGGGGCUGACUCUGACGCCCAAAAUGGAGCGCAGCGAGCUGUCGCUGCCACCAGCGGAGCCCCCAUCUCAGAUUCACGACAACAAACUGAAGCUGACCAGCCCCGAGCUGGUGGGCAACAUGAAGCCGAUUGAGGUGCCGCCCCAGGACAUGGAUGUGCCCAAUUGGGAUGUGCUCAUACGCAUACUCAGGGAGCCCGAAAUGCCCGAAAUGUCCGAGAUCGGUUCGGGACCGGCGGGCGAUGACGCCAGCUCUGUGCACAACAUCAACAGCAGCAGCACCAGCUACCACAACAUCAGCUACGACGACCGGGCCAAGUGGAAGGAGAUCAUCACCACACAGUCGACGCUGCGCUCGAUGCUCACGGAGGCUGUGGUGCGCGAGGACUUUGAGCGCAUUCGGCAGGACACGCGCUACGAGCGGAUGUUCGAGCCGCAGACAUGGGACGUCAUCAUACGGAUACUGGCGCCCCCGCCCAGCGACGAUGACACCGAUGUGGAGAUGCGUCUGCCGAGGCGUGGCGGCAAGAAGGCGCCACCGCAGCCCUGGGACACGCGCUCCCGUCGCAGCUCCCUGCCGACGCUCUACGAAUACGACAGCGAUGGUGGCUCCAGUGUGCGCACCAUACGCAACGAUCCCGGCCUGCCGCUCCAUGUGGGCGGCGCCGGCCAGCCGGUGGGACCCUUCAAUAUGCAGCGUUCGAGACGCAGCUCGCGCACCUCCUACCAGACGGACCACAACGACUUCCGCUCCAUGUCGGAGGUGACGGUGGACUUUGGCCGCCCGCAGGCGGACCAGCUGGACAAUGUGAGCGAUGCGAGCAGCUACUAUCGCAUGCAGUACUAUGACGACGAGGAUCGACGCUCCUUCCAUCGCUCGCUCAGUCAUCCCUCGCUGGCCCGAUCCGCCAGCGAGUUCACCGAGCACUGGACCGCUCCCGAUGACCUCGAGAUUGAGAUCUCCUCGCCAGAGGGCACACCACAUGCUCGUCGAGCACGUCAGCCCCUAGCCAUAGCCUCGGGACGUAGCGGCGAGCAGCGUGUCCUGGCCCAGACCCAGUCGCAGAGCGAGUAUGUGGACCCCCAUCGCAGUGUCUACCAUGCCGAGAAGGAGCUGCCCAUGCCGCCGCGCAAGUGGUAGACCGGAGCCCUUCCUUCGAGUAGUCACACUGUCACUUCUACUAUUAACAAUCGACUAAACAAAAAAAAAACAAGCGUACCGGAUGGAGGGGUUCCCAGCUCGGUAGCUUCAGCAGGAAGGCGCAGCACGCGUCCACAUAUCCAUUUUGGGUGGGUUGGGGUGUCUGGGCCCUUCUGCUCGAGCUCAGCUGCAAGCCAAUCAGUCCAUGGUUCCACACAUUCCCAUAGGUCGUAGACGAUUAUAUUCUUACAAUAAUUAACAAACAAAACAAACAAAACGUGCCAAUUACAAUUGCCUGACAUUAAAAAUAGCUCGCAGCAGAGAAAUGCCCACAAAAUGUCAGUUCAAAGCGGAUGAGGUUCAAGGUUCAAGGAUCAUCAAGCUUCGAGGUUCAAGCCUCGAUCUUCCAUUAAUGGAAUUUCUAGGCACUGGAAAUGCUUUAUUUUAAAACACUGCACAAAUCAAACGAAUCUUUUGUAUGUUUGAAACGCCCAGCAGCUCCAGCAGCGAAUGAGAAAGAGAGAGAGACAGAGAGCAUGGGUUAAAUAUUCCAAUUUAGAUAUAGUUCGUAUAAGAGAUCCUAUAUGCUGCCCUGCCCAAAGCAUUUCGAUUGUCACAAUGGAAAAAGAGAGAUAGAGA